UGAGCUGCUGCAUGCCUAGGUCGCUGUUCCCAUUCUUGUGAGUACUUGAAACAGCAGGCCUGCUAGGGCUGUUAGUUCCCUGUGGCUGUCAUCAAAAUGGUGAUCAAAGUGUUUAUAGCAACGUCCUCAGGGUCUACAGCGAUUAAGAAAAAACAGCAAGAGGUGGUAGGCUUUUUAGCAGCCAACAAGAUUGAUUUCAAGGAACUGGACAUAGCCUGUGAUGAAGACAACAGGAAAUGGAUGAGGGAGAAUGUUCCAGGUGAAAAGAAACCACAAAAUGGAAUCCCCCUCCCUCCCCAAAUCUUCAACGAAGAACAGUAUUGUGGGGACUUUGACUCCUUUUUCUCUGCGAAAGAAGAAAAUAUUAUUUAUUCAUUCCUAGGUCUUGCUCCUCCGUCAGGAUCAAAGGAAGGGUGGAUUGCUGAGGAAACUGUGCCAAAUGGUGAAGUUUCAGAAGAGCACAAAACUGAAGAAGACACCGAAAUAUCUGAAAUUGUCGAAGAGAACGCAGAGCACACAGAAGACAACGCAGAAGUAGUUGCUGAUUCUACUGAAGAACCAACAGAAGAACAGCAGGAAGAGGAAGAAGAGGAGGAGGAGGAGGAGGAAGAAGAAUCUUAGUAUAUUUUUAUUACUUUUUUCUUUUAAAUACUGUCCAGGAAACCGAGACCUGUGGCAUCACUACCGUGUGAAGAUAAAAAGAAAUCCCUUUCCUUCCAUGAAUGUGUUGCCUUUUCUUUCCACUGUCGUAUAUGGACAUCUAUGUCACUUAAGACUGUCCCAUGGACAAUUUAUAUAUUUGGUAUUCUGGCUUGGUAUAAAGCAGAACUUGAGAUCUUCAAAACUUGAUGGCCAAUGAACAUUGUGGCUUUGAUUUUAAUAUAUAGGUUCUAAUGUUUCAAUCUCCAUGUUUGUGUCCCCCGGGGGUUGAACUGGCAACACUAGGCAGUGAGGCUGACUGGAAAUGCCAAAGGAGCUCCCUAUGUGUGUGCCUGCUUACAUCUGAACUGGAAUUUGGAACGGAUAUGAUUUUUAAUGUGCAACAAUAGGAAUAAACACGUUUUCUCUGCUUGUUCCCUACAGGCAUUGAUUACAAUAACUAAUAAAACCACAACAGUUAAAUGUAUGCUUAUAAUCUGUUUAAAGGCUGCACUGAUGAAAAAUUCUCUGUGAAUGCCUGCUCAUCUUUUUUGUACACUUGUCUUGUGCAAUGUUAAGUUUCAUUGCACAGAUUUCACUGUUUAUCAAAGUGGAAAUUUGCAAAAGGUACUGCUGGUCUUGAGAUACUUGCUAAAAGACAUCAGCAAAAUACUUCAGACAACAGUGACUUUAUGCCUGCUUGUGAAUUUCCCACCAUCUAGCAAGACUGCUUUUGUAGGAAGUUCUCACUGUAAAGUGAUAUGCCUUAAAAAAAACAGUUUUAUAAAAGACUCAUGCUCCACUUCAGGAGAUAUAUGACUUUUAUAGAUGCCCAGCAUGAAUCCAAUAGGCUAAGCCCAUUAAUUUCAAAAGGGUACCAUUAAAAGGAAUUAAACUUCUCUAAUAUAAGUGGAUUGUGGCCAAAUGAAAGUUUCUCCCUAUCGCAACUGUGAAGCACAUAAGCACUUUCACAGAAAAACUACAAUUAUACACAUGCAGUCCUAAGCAGUUAUAAUUUUCAAUGGAUUUAGAAGAGUAUAAUCUGUUUAGGAUUGUACUAAAAAUAUGCUAAAGGGGUCCUUGAUCCUGUCCUAAUUGCACAGAUUUAUUUAACUGAAUUACAUAUGCUUGAUUUAUAUUUGGGAGUAAGAUUCUAGAUCUCUGUCUCCAGUGAGUAGGCUUUUCUGUUCUAACCACUGGGAAUCCUGGUAGCUCACAGAUUGCAGGUUUUACAAUUGACUGCCAAUGCAGACCUUUCUAGUAAUGGAAAUAAUAGCAUACUGCUGUCCGUAACAGGGAAAGGAUUGAUUUAGUUAUACAGUUGGCAGCACAGAAUCUAACCAGCUCAAAUAAGACCAGAAUUGUAGAUAAAGCCUACAAUUUGGGAUGAAUACUUUUUUCCCAGUGAUUUUAAGAACAAGAACUUUAUCUCUUGACUGUAGGUCAAGUGUUUUAUCUCUCUUGUUAUACACAUUAGGUCCCUUUGGAGAUGAGUUCCUGGCUGCAGAAAACAGCAAAUGGGGCAAGCUGACUUCACAUCCUUAACAACUGUGCUACAUAUUAUUUGAAUAUUCCUGCCAGUGCUUAUGUAUGGUAUAGCAGCUGCUGGUGAUUUAAGUGUAUUUAAAAGCAAUUUUUUUAAUCCAUUUGCCUGUUUCUAUUUAUUUUCAUAGGGACAAAGGAAUAUUCAAAGACAAUCACAUGAUGUAUGCUUCUAGGACCUUAACAAUGUAAACAUUUGAAAUUAUUCCUAGUAAGCUUUGUAGUUUCUUCUGGUGGCCAAAACUUUAAUACUAUCCAAUACAGGUAAUGUUCUAUCCUUCAGCUGCCAAAUUGGAGCUGAACGUUCAUGCUCUCAGUUGCUCACAAAAAAUGUUUGGGCUCACAGUCAUCAUUUCCCAUCUCCCAGAAACAAUCUUAUCUCAUUAAAAGCCCCAUCCAAAGUUGUGGGGUGGAGGUUCAAUGACAAAUGUGCUGGUGGGGUGGACACCACAGUUCCCGACUCAGCGGUGGGUUGUUCCAGGCUAUGUUGGUGUCCCAUUGGAGGCUUGGGGAGGGGGGGGGGCAGGGUGUUCCAAGGUGUGGACCCAACCUUUUGUGCCUGGAUGUCACAGCUGUGCUUGACGUAAGCCACCAAAAGAGUGGCAUAAGUCCAUUCGGUCCCAUGGAGGGCUUUUGGGUGGCUGGGAAGGUUUUUUUUGUUUUUCCUGCCUUUCUAUGCCACCUGAAAACCCUCUGGAGACAGCUGGGCAGCACAGUAGUGGCACCGCAUCCCAGCUCCUCAGGCUGUUGAUGGGGCUGCCCAAUUGAUGAUAACAGUCAGCUUCCCCAGUUUUCAGGAAAUAGUUUACUUAUUGCCAUCCUCAUUUCCCCCAUCUUUUCAAGAAAUUGUUUACUUAUUGCACCCUCAUUUCAAUUAAAAUAAUCUUUCAAAAUCACCUGCAUUGAUAGUGUUGGUGUCUAAAAAGUACUCCUUUCCAUUUACUACAGUGAAUUAUCCUGGCCAUGUCCAGGUGCUGGGCCCCCUCCCCCUCCCUUGCAUGGGAGCGCUCCAGCCUCCAAAUAUAUAUAUAUAUAUAUUUGUUACACUCUGAUCUAGCUUUCGAUCUGCUAGUAGUGUGAAGAGUUCCCUCUUACAGAAGACAGGGAGUGCAAAGCCCUAAAGAAUGUGUAUAACACUGAAUACUGAAAGUAGGAUCCAAAAAUCUACAUUAGGCAGGCAUAAAGACUUGGAUGAGCCCAGAUGGAUGUUCAGGUUCCUUCUUGGGGCAGCAGAAUAUCAACUACUACCUUUGAAUGUACUCUCAGCUUUAAAGGUAUUCUGCUAUUUGUGGCUAUUCUAUUUGUGACUGUGCAGAAAUCCAGAGUGGCCUUGGGCCCAUGUCAUGAGCUGCAUUGUUCUUUGGCCAAGAUUGACAACAAGUUUUUAACAAAAGUAAAUAUAAACCAAUAAAAUGAUGGAGCAAUGAGACAAUAGGAGAAAGUACUCUUGCUAUCCCAGUGCUCCAGCAGGGUCUGCCAUUUCCAUAUUUUUUUAAAAAAAGACUUUCAUGUUGCACAAUGAGCUAGUGGGAUACUUCUCCAUUAAAAAAAAUAAAACUAAAGGGAAAUGGGGAAGAGCAGGUGUUUCACUUAUCGCGUCAUACUCUCCAGGAGCGGCCAGUUAUAGUGAUACUGUACAGAAAUUGCAAUCAGAGCGAAUGGACGAUUUAGAAGAAAAAAUGGAGGCACAAAAUACUGCAGGAUGAACAUUGGGUGAAGUUUGAUGUCCCUGUUAGAGAUGCAUAACAAAGGUGUACAUUUGAAAUUGAAAGCAAACAUGCUUAGCAUGCAAUAAAUUACUUACUAUAUAACUA